AUGAGAUGCGCUCCGCUGAAUCUUACCGUGUUGGGGUUGAACUCUGGUACUUCCAUGGAUGGAGUCGACUGCGCCCUGUGUCAGUUUCGUCAAGCCUCGCCAGACGAGCCGCUACACUUUGAGCUGCUCCAGUACGACGAGGUGCCGUUGGAGCAGACACUCAAGAGGAGGGUGUUGCGCAUUAUUUGCGACAAGAAGACCACACCAGAGGAAUUGUCCGAGGUGAACGUUUUGCUUGGCGAGACAUUCGCAGAUGCCGUCAAGGUUUUCUGCGAUAGGCAUGGCAUUCUUCUUUCCUUUAUCGACGCAAUCGGCUCUCACGGCCAAACCAUCUGGUUUCAGAGUAUGCCCGACGAGGGCCAGGUCAAAUCCGCCCUCACCAUGGCCGAAGGCUCGGUCAUUGCGUCGAGGACCGGCAUCACGACCGUGACAGACUUUCGCAUCUCUGACCAGGCCGCCGGCCGUCAGGGCGCUCCGCUGAUUGCCUUCUUCGACUCGCUUCUCCUCCACCACCACUCCAAAUUGCGGGCGUGCCAGAACAUAGGCGGCAUCGCCAACGUGUGCUUCAUCCCCCCCGACGAAGAGGGGGCACGGAAUCAAGAGUUCUUUGAUUUUGACACGGGGCCGGGCAAUGUCCUCAUCGAUGCCGCGGUUCGGCAUUUCACGGACGGGAGGCACGAGUACGACAAGGAUGGCGCGAUGGGCAAGGCCGGCAGGGUCGACCACGAGAUGGUCGACGACUUCUUGGGCUCUCAUCCCUACCUGAAGCUGGACCCACCCAAGACCACGGGUCGAGAGACCUUUGGCGACACCGUCGCAUUCGACCUAAUCGAGCGCGGCCUGGCCAAGGGCCAGUCGCCGGACGACGUUGUCGCGACCAUUACCAGAAUCACGGCCAAGACCAUCGUCGAUCACUACCGGCGCUACAUGCCAACGCGGCACGGUCCGCUCGCCGAGCUUUACCUAUGCGGAGGAGGCGCAAAGAACCCCAACAUAACCGAAUAUCUGCAGGCAGCCUUUCCGGACACGAUUGUCCAGAUGUUGGACGCGGCCGGGAUCCCGGCCGACGCAAAGGAGGCCAUCACCUUUGCGUGGCAAGGCAUGGAAGGCCUCGUCGGGCGCAGCGUUCCCAUCCCCACACGAGUAGAGACGCGGAAAAAACAUGUGCCUGGCAAGGUCAGCCCCGGACUAAAUUACCGACGGGUCAUGACCAUGAAUGGUGCUGGUAGGGAACACUUGGAGCCGGUGACGGAUAUGGUCAACCAUGUACGUCGAGGAGACUGGAAGUUUGUCGACAGGAAGGCUUGA